AUGAAACCAACAAAUGCCCUGGUCGCUUCGCCGUUCUCGGCUAGGGGUUCGUCUCCGUUGUUGUUGAGAUGGGUUCGGUUUCCUUAUCCGUGGGCGCAGGGAGAUCUGGAUAUCUCGAACUUGUCAAUGCAGGUCGGCCAACGCCCGUUCUGUCUCACUCGGCUCGUAGCAUUCGUGCUUUGCUAUGUCGGGGGUGUGAACUGCGUUAACGCCGUGGUCAAACUGCGCAAAAACCAGGUCAGCAGAUUCUGUCAAAUCAUCCAAAGGCGUGGCUCUCGUCAUUGGGGCGAUAACCUGAGCGACCGAUUUGGGCAAACGCUCCAGCCCUAUUCGUUUGCACCUUACAGGGAUUAUAAAAUGCUUCGGACUCUAUCCACUGUUGAUCAAGGAUUGGUUGAAGUAGCAAAUAGUCUUCUGGUGCAGUUGCAUGUUCCGAUAUAUGUGGAAUCAUUAGAAGAUAUCAAUACCAAUGUCUUUGUCACUUUAUUUGAGGGUCUAUAUGGUGAACCACUGCCAGAACUAUUGCCAAAUCCACAAACCAAACAGGAUGAAAUUCACAACUGCCAAAUUGUUAUUGAUACCUUGGCAAACAAGAUCCUUCAUACUUCUCUAUCUCACAUCACUGGCAAGGACAUCAUUGAAGGUGACAGGACAUCAGUGGCCAAUUUGCUAGAGAUAUUAACUGGAUUACUUGAAUUUCUAACAGAAAAGAUAGAAUGUGAAAAUAGCCAAGAUGAGGAACAGGAAGAAGAAGUUUUUCAUGAUCAAGCAUUUCUAGGCAAUCAAGAUGAUAUUGAUCAACUCAUGGAAGGUAUCAAAAAUCUUCCCAGCUUUCAAAAUGCUGCCAAUUGUGAAACUUCAAAUGAAAAUGGCAGUGUUAAAGCUGCAUGGCAAGAUUUCAAGAAUUCUGAAAACUCUAAAACACUGGCACCAGAACAUGAUUUAUUGGUUGGUCCUGUUAAAGCAGAUAAUGACUUUCACAAUUUGACUUUCUCCAUACUGUCAUCAUCCAUUGAGCUACCGUCAUCACUUCCAGUCACUUCACCAGAACCACCACCACCAGUCAUAUUACCAGAACCACUGCCGCAAGAGGAUAAAGAUACAAACAUUAAUUCUUCUUUACUGCAAAUGGAUUUGUCUGAGUUAAGACCACGGCCAGUUACUAUCUCUUUAGAUGAAAUUACAGCUAAGAAUGACAAUCAUAAGAUGCAAAAGAAUGAAAAAGAGACAGGUACAUCUAAGGUUUUACACAGGCAUAUUGCACAUUGGCCUAUGAAAAAUGUUUCUAAUGAUACUAAAGAAGUUCCUUCACAAUCAUCUAAGGGGCAAAAUCAAAGCAAAGAAAACAUUUCCAUUAAGCUUCCAAAACAUGAAGAGGAAAAGACCCCAGACUCUCCAUCUUCAGAGGCAAAAGAAUUUUCACCUGAAGAAGUUACUGAAUUACUAAAAACUUAUAGUAACAAACGAACCACUGAUGAGUUGCUUGACAUGAUAGAUGUGACUCUGAGGCAGCUGGAGGCUGAGACAAAACCAUCUACCUCCUCUCAAAGAGUAUCUCAAAAGAAACAAGUCCAUUUUGAAGAACCUUCUUGUAUAAAGAAAGUUAGAAAAAUCAAGGUACCAGUCUCUAUGUGGCAUCAUAAGCAAGGUGAUUGGAAAAAGAAUAAGAAAUUAAAAUUUGUGAGAAGAAAUUAUGCUGAAGAUCUUGCUGAACUCCAUAAAGAUAUCAAGUUAAAAGCAAAAGCUGAAAAGACUGCAGCAAAUGAAAAAGAAAAGGAAUUUUUGAAAACUACUGGAGAAUAUAUUAAAUUUACAAAUACUGCCAAGAAAAAAAAACCAAGAAAGCCAAAUAUGAAUGCUAGAGUCUACACAACAACAAAAGGUAAAUGA